CAAUCAUGUGCCUACAAAAUUGUAUUACAUUACUGCAUCGUCAUCAAGUCAUUGCCUAAUGCCAAAGAGAAAAGCACCCACAAACGGCCCUGCUAAGGAAGCUGGGGAACAGGUUCCACCUGCACCUGUGACUUCUCUAGUGCAGGAAACUUUCGAUCCUGUCAAGGUCAACAAUGCAAAUGCUGUAGAAUUGAAAAUUGCUUGUGAUGACGCUGUCAAAAGGUUCUUCUCUCGGCCAGACCAGUACAAAGUCCAAUAUACGCAUACAGAUGUUAAGCUGGGGUUAGGGUGGACAUCUGUGCUCAUCGCGGCUGCUACAGGAUUGUAUGGGUGGAAAACGGAGUUCGAGAAGGCCAAGCCUCUCAUAUGGCUCGGCGUCACACUCUACACCAUUUUGACGGCUAUACAAGCUGCAUACACGUACUUUGUUGAAGGGAAAACAAUCUUUGUUGGGAAGAGGAAGACACUUUCCAGCCGUAUCGAAACAGAAAAGAUAACCAUAGAUGCCGAAACAUCACUUGGGAAGACGCUUAUUAGACGCACACAGCUCAACAAACAGGAGCGGCCUUAUACUUCCCUUUUUGACUCGGAGGGAAACUUUGAUCAGUCACGGUUCACUGCAUGGUUGCAUGAGCUCAGCUUGGGGCUGGUGGACGACAAGCCAAGUGACUCGAAGGAGGAGAAGGCAGAUUGCGACUGAGUGCUCUUUAUGCUGCGCGCUAGCGCACUUCAGUUGUACACUAUGAGGCUCCACAACUUCUUUCAAGCCCAGUCACGGCUUUUUGUUGAAUUAGAGAUAUAUAUCUAUAUCUAUAUGUUGCCUUGGAGUCGGACGCAUGGUUAUUCCCAGGUCGCGACAGCUCGGCAAUCGAAACAUGCGCUUGACAUGAUGCUGAACAGUGCUGUGAGGGUUCCCUUCAAACCGGAUGGCAGAGCUUGCAGCCCUCAGCGCAUAGACAGUGAAGUUCCAGACACA